AACGAUCCAUAAAGAUAACAGAGAAGAUAGAAUGUGUGGCACUGCGUAUGUGGCAUGGAAGCUCGUUCCGUCCCUUUCCCUUCACCUUUCUCUCUCACUAUUUCGCUUCAGCCUCUCAGAAACCCUAAUUUCUCUCCCACGCAAAACCCAUCAACUCAGUUCCGUUGCUACUUUUCCAGGUCCCGUGGUCGUAGUGGUGGCGCUGGUGACUUCUGGGACUCAAACGCCGAGGAUCUUCGAAGCGGAAGGUUCAAAUUCAGAUACGGUGAAGAAUCGAUGGGAGAAGAUGAAGAAGAUGGAGAUUAUGAAGAAGACGUGGGUUUCAGAACGAGAAGAAAGCAAAAGCGGAACUGGUGGUCGGAUAAUUCGUGGUCGGAGAUGGACCAAGAACCCGGAGUUUUGGAGGAAGCCAUUGAUAGUAUUUGGAUUUUAAAGGUAAUCAAAUCCUUUGGGUGGAUGCUUCCCGCCAUCAUCUUAUCAAUGCUGCUUGAAACAGGUCCAAAAGCUUUCCUCAUGGCAUUAGCACUUCCACUUGGGCAGUCGUUACUUUUUCUAGCAAUAGAUAAGGUCUGGGGAAUGAUAACCGAUAGCAGAAAACCUAGAUACCGGAACAAGAAGAAGCCAUUUUCCAGGAAUUCCAAUAGAGUUGAAAAGAAUGAGGAAGCAAAACAAGAGCAAACCAGUGAGGCUACUGAGGAGAAGUGGGGUUACCAGUCAUGGGUGGAGACCAAUGAUGGUUCAGCCAAGGGUAGUGAACAUGCACCAAGUUUUGGUGGAUGGGAUGAUCUGGAUAGACGAGGGAGCUCUGCAAAAGCUCCCCCAAGGAGGCCACCUCAAACACCAUCAGGGCCACUGGGGUCACAGAUGAAGAAAAAAGGCAAGUUUAGCAGGAGAAAUAGAGACACACCCUUAUUGCUACGGUUGCUUAUCGCAGUUUUCCCAUUCUUGGGUUCAUGGACUAGGAUGUUAUAGUGAUCUCAGGCAUACUUGACUGGCUUGGAGGUGAUAAUUUUUACCUGCAAAUACGGAGCAGGUGACAUGAUUGGCAGACAGAAAUAUAUCUCAUAUUCGUAACGCAAUAUGAGAUAUAUUAACAUAAUGUCACCGAAAAGCUUUUGGUAUACCAGAGGUCUCUUUGAUGAUCUUUCAAGUCAUGACUUCUGAUGUUCUUCGUCCCCUCACUUUGGUGGUGUAGAAGUAUCCUUCUCGUGUGUUUAGUUCAUGGAUUUUUUACUCACAGAUGUGAUGAGGUCAGGGUAUUGUGUGCAACCAGAAUCAAUCGGAUAAAGGUGGUAACAGAGUAAGGAUUUAGCAUGGCACUGGGUUGAAUCAUUUAAAAAUUUUAGGAAUUCCAUAAGCUCAUACAGUAUGCAAAGAUUUGAUCUCAGAUGGCUCUGAUAACACAUCGACGACCAUUUCGUAUAGGCACAUCAAGAACAAGAAUCUGAGCAAGGGCUAGGUAAAUGAUCCCUUACAAGAAAAUAAAUCAGGAAGACUAGACCGAUGUUAUUUUUCUAUUGAUUUGUCUUCUCCUGCAAUUUUUUUUUUUUAUUUCAAAAUAAAAUAAAUUAGUUACAUGAAGAUAGAGGGUGAUCAUUUCAAUGUAUUGAUAUUGAGAUAGUAUGCUAUGGAUUGGAUAUUUCACUUUUUUUUUUUAAAUUGCGGAUAAUCCAUAAAAUUACAGCUUAA